AUGCAAUUUGUCUGAAUGUUUAUAAUUGUAAUAAUUUGUGUUCAAACGGAGCGCAAAUCCAAUGUUUUUGGAAUUAUCUGAGAUAAUUAUCCUUCGUAUUAUUUUAAAAGAAUGUGGUUCAGAAUGUCCAAACUGUACCUCGCUGCCUUUUUGGUGGCAUUUUUGUGCGCUACAGCUUUUGCUGCGCCCUACGAACAGCAAGCCGAGGUGGCCGGCAGAGCAGUUGCAGCCGACGGUAACGAUUAUCGUUUGCCAACGGAAAUACUGCCAUGGAAUUAUAAGCUAAAGCUUACGCCAUACCUAUUGGAAACUGAUGGCAAUAAACGCUUCACUUUUGAUGGUGAAGUUACMAUACAAAUCAAUUCAACCAUCAAUACGAAAACAUUGAUUCUACAUACGAAAAACUUAAAUUAUACAACUAGAGAAUUAUGGUCUGAAGACGAACCCAAUACAAUAACUAAUUUGGGCGCGGGCACAUAUAACAGUGUCACCGAYAAAAUCCAAUACGAUUUGACGACAGAAUUGGUAGCGAAUAAAACGUAUUUCUUGCAUUUCGUCUAUAAUGGCACCAUGGACGAUGACAUGCAGGGUUUCUAUCGUAGUUCAUAUGUUGAUGCGGCAAAUAACACAAAAUGGAUUGGCUCUACGCAAUUCCAAACGAAUCAUGCACGCCGCGCCUUCCCCUCAUUCGACGAGCCAAAAUUCAAGGCUACCUUCGACGUGACAAUUAGACGACCCUCGACAUUGAACACCUUUGGCAACACGCGCAUUUCCAGCCAAAACACUGAUGGUAAUUAUGUGGAGGAUGUGUAUGUGCCAACACCACGUAUGUCCACUUACCUUCUCGCUUUCAUCGUGUCUGAGUUUACAGAACGCAAUAACAGUAAUUUCGGUGUAAUUGCACGACCUGAGUAUUACGAUCAGACCGAAUAUAGUUUCACUGUUGGUCAACAAAUUUUGACGGCACUCAAUGACUACAUUGGCAUUAAUUAUUACGAAAUGGGUAAUAAUAAAAUGCAUAUGGCUGCAAUUCCUGAUUUCUCUGCCGGUGCAAUGGAAAACUGGGGUCUCCUAACCUACAGAGAACGUGCCUUGCUCUACGAUAAGGACUCGACUACGCUCAGCGCUAAACAAUCGAUUGCCAGUGUGGUCGCGCACGAACAGACCCAUAUGUGGUUCGGUGAUUUGGUUACUUGCGAUUGGUGGAGUUAUACAUGGUUGAAUGAGGGUUUCGCACGCUACUUCCAAUACUUCGCCACAGCUAUGGUUGAAAAACAAUUGGGGCUAGAUCAACAAUUUAUUGUCGAUCAAGUACAAUCUGUGAUGAAUAUGGACUCAACCAAUAGCACAAAUCCGAUGAGUGAUGAAAAUACAAACACCCCAAGUGAUCUAUCCCGCAUGUUCAAUAGUAUUUCUUACAAUAAAGGCGCCAGUGUUAUACGCAUGGUCAGGCAUGCUAUUGGCGAGGAGAACUUCAAGAAAUCGCUCAACGACUAUCUGAACAAACACAAAUACACUAACACCAUUCCACCCAAUCUUCUAACCGUCUGGCUACAAUAUUGGCCAGAGGCGAGUAAAACUUAUGCUGAAAACGUCUUUAACAGCUUCACACAACAAGUCGGUUAUCCGCUCAUCACUGUCGCAUUGUCCGCUGACAAGAAGAGUUUCAGCGUUAAGCAAGAGCGUUUCCUGCUGAAAGAUCGCGAUACCGCCAACACUGAGUUACUCUACACCGUCCCAAUCUCAUAUACAACUAGCGAUGCGAAGAAUUUCGCAGACACAACACCCAAAUUYUACCUGACCGCCACAAAAACGCCACUCACAAUUAACUUAACAAACAGCGCCGACUGGAUSAUACUGAAUAUACAGGAGUCUGGAUAUUAUCGUGUCAACUAUGAUGACAGUACUUGGGAUGCCAUACAUAGGACAUUGCACUCUGCUAGCUGGGGUGGCAUUCAUGAACUUAAUCGUGCUCAAAUAGUCGAUGAUUUGCUCAAUUUGGCACGUGCUGAUAUCGUGCAAUACGACAAAGCUUUGGAGGUGCUCGAGUAUUUGGAGAGUGAAACGAAUUACCUGCCUUGGACUUCGGCCUUUAAUGGUUUCUCAUACAUAACUAUACGUCUUGGCAGCGAUACGAAACAAUUUGCCGAAUACAUACUCGAACUGACGAAAACGGCAUACGAAAAGCUCGGCUUUGUCGAGAAAACGACGGACAGCGCCUUGGAUAUCUAUACUCGUACAAAAGUGUUGUCUUGGGCCUGCAAGUUCGGCAAUGAAGAGUGUAUUAGCAAAUCAAAAGAAUAUUUUGCCACAAUUAAUACAACUGCCGUGCCUGUGAAUAUCCGUUCGGUUGUAUACUGUAAUGCUAUGCGUUACGGCACUGAAAACGACUACAAUACGUUGUUCAACAAAUUUUUGACAAGCAACUCGGCGACUGAACAAACCCUGAUACUCAGUACAUUGGGUUGUGUUAAAGAUGAAACCCUGAUUACAAAGUAUUUCAACGCUAUUGUGAGUGACGAUAUUCGCCGUCAGGAUAAAUCGAGCGCACUCAGCAGUCUAUACACCGAAAAUAAUGAGAAUGUCGGUCCAGUCUUCAAAUUAGUCACAGACAACUAUGACAAGCUAGCGGAAGCUAUGGGCAGCUACUCUUCGGUGGCCACUGUAAUCGCUAAUAUUGCCGCUCGUUUUACCACCACGACUGAGCAGCAGAGUCUGAAGACUUUCAACGAACARAACAAGGGUAAAUUCGGCAGUGCCGAGUCCACGCUUGUCGCCGCUGAAAAGACAGUGGCAGAGAAUUUAGCAUGGGCCACAAASAAAUUGGGACAAUUUAGGAGCUAUUUGGAUAACCGCAAUGCCGCUGGAACUAACUCAAUUGCCAUUCUGACGACRAUUGUUUGUGCUCUCGUUGGUCGCUACCUGCAGUAGGUUUGGUUCCUGCAUGAGCAUGCCUAUUGUUGGCGUAAAAGUAUGUAUGUACAUACAUAGAGUUGUGUACAGUAGUUCUAAAAAUUAGUUUAAAUCCAGUUGAAAAUAUGUUCUGAUUUUUAGUUUGUUUGUAAAUACAUUUGUAUAUAUGUAAGUAUGGAGUGAAAUAUGAAAUGUCAUCAAGCCAAUUUCUUGUGAUUAAAACGAAUAAAAGCUUUAUAACAAUCGUA